AACUCUAAUGUCUGGCCACGCCCCUGCGGUGCGAGGUUGGCCUGCGUUGGUGACCGCGGACCGCCGAAGGCUAGCAGGGCUUCGAUUGGCCCUGGCUUUGCCUUCGCCUCGCCCUCUCUGCACUCGGAUUGGCUCGAUGCAGAGGUGCCCGCCUUCCCGCAACACGCUAUGGCGACUCAGCUCCCGCUCAGGCUCCGCUCCGCGCUGGCCCUGGUCACAGGUGCGGGUAGCGGCAUCGGCCGGGCGGUCAGUUUGCGCCUGGCCAGAGAGGGGGCCGCCGUGGCCGCCUGUGACCUGGACGGGGCAGCGGCACAGGAGACGGUGCGGCUGCUAGGCGGGCCAGGGAGCAAGGAGGGGGCGCCCGGAGGGAACCACGCUGCCUUCCAGGCUGAUGUGUCUGAGGCCGGGACCCCCAGGCGCCUGCUGAAACAAGUGCAGGCCUGCUUCUCUCGACCGCCAUCUGUCGUUGUGUCCUGUGCGGGCAUCACCCGGGAUGAGUUUCUGCUCCACAUGACAGAGGAUGACUGGGACAAAGUCAUAGCUGUCAACCUCAAGGGCAUCUUCCUAGUCACUCAGGCGGCAGCGCAAGCCCUGGUGUCCAGUGGUUGUCAUGGUUCCAUCAUCAACAUCAGUAGCAUCGUAGGAAAGGUGGGGAACAUGGGGCAGACAAACUAUGCUGCAUCCAAGGCUGGAGUAAUUGGGCUGACCCAGACUGCAGCCCGGGAGCUUGCACGACAUGGGAUCCGCUGUAAUUCUAUCCUCCCAGGGUUCAUUGCAACACCCAUGACACAGAAAGUGCCACAGAAAGUGCUGGACAAGGUGACCAGAAUGAUCCCGAUGGGACACUUGGGGGACCCUCAGGACGUGGCCGAUGUAGUCACAUUCCUGGCAUCUGAAGACAGUGGAUACAUCACAGGGGCCUCAGUGGAAGUCACUGGAGGUCUUUUCAUGUAACUGCCCUGAGGACCCUGGAUUCUGCUUACUCCCCCAGCACUCUGCCCGGUCUCCUGCUGAUAAGGACUCUAAGUUCCCAGGCUACAAAAGGGGUGGCAGUGUAUGGCUCAGGAAUGCUGAAUAUGGGAGGCAGGGGUGCUUGUGACGCUAAUAAAUUCCAAAUCCUCUUCCCUGCCA